AGGUACGCGAACAAGACGAAGAACGGGUUGGUUGAAGAGGGUUCGCCUGGACGAGUCGAACCAGUCUGUUGGAGUUGGGUUGUAGCACUACGGAGAUUUGGUCGGCUGUGAUGGUUGCGCCUGGAUGAUCCAAGCAAGGUCUGGGAGUGAAGCUGUGGCGGCACGAGGGGCUGGCCAUUUCGAAUUUUGUCGGCUCGCUUGCAACCCUCACCACAGACUGGGCCGAGCUAGGGGAGAUGCAGAAGCAGCGUUUCGGCAUCACGGAGUGGCCUCCAAUGGUCCCUCACCUUCGCGAUCACCGCAGAUCGUACGGAUCUGUCCUGAACGCGACCAUGCUGCCAGUCGAGAUCAGCCAGCGAAUCUGCGACAUCUACCGUGGUGAUUCCGAAGGGGAAAAACAGCAUAAGCAUCAAUUGGUCCGAGGUUCACGUGGGUUUCACGGAUCGGCGCUGGACCGUCUGGACCCCUUCCUUGACGCGCGGGGCGGCGCCGGAGGCGGAAGGCUGGAGCGGUCGGGCGCGCGCCCGGAGCUGGCGGACGUGCAACAUGACCUACACGACGACACCCAGGAAGACGGCCGCCUACGUGGUGAGCGACGCGCUGAAGAUCACGUACGUGCCCAUGGCGAGGUCGGACUCGCCCGCCAUUCGCGACGCGCUGCGGUCCAACAAGGCUGGGGAGCCGAACUGGAACUACACGGUCUUCACCGUGGUCCGGGAUCCGCUCGAGCGCAUGGCGUCCUCCCUCCUGGAGGCGAGGGAAGGCAGCGAGGCACGGUUACCCCGAGAGCAGGUCUUACAGACAUUUGACGAGGUGACCGUCGACCUCGUGCACCGGCAGGGCGGCCACAAUCACGGGCAGAGGAGCGUGCCGCUUCCAGCCGGGCAUCCUUACGAUCUUGUGGGCACGCUUGCAACCCUCACCGCGGACUGGGCCGAGCUAGGGGAGCUACAGAAGCAGCGUUUCGGCAUCGCGGAGUGGCCUCCAGUGCCUGCGCGUGACCGUCGCGAUUCGCUCGGACCCUCUCCUGGCACGGCUAUGCUGCCGGUCAAGAUCAGCCAGCGAAUCUGCAACAUCUAUCGAGAUGAUUAUUGUUGUUUUCAUUUGCCUGUGCCUCGCAUGUGUCGGGUCGAUUGUGUUGGUGGGCUCGCCGUAGACCCCAUGCAGUAGGGCUGGACUCAAAGAAGAACGGUUUCCCUGCGGACCCUCCACAGCAGCGCUGGGGUCGAAUGGGGGCGGCUGCGGUCGGUACAGGCUUGCGUCGGGAGUUGGCAGAACCGCAGCAUGUUCCAACGCCCUAGUGGACGACGCCGAGAGCGGCAGCCAACAUCGUGAUCGGCACCAGAAGUUGGUGACACUUAGAAGGAUGUAAUCUUCGUGUUCUGGACACCGAUGGAUGGCACGUUUUGGAUAGUCAUCUUUUUCACGUUCGGCAGGUUUUCGAGUUCGGGUGUUGCCAUGGGGACCUGGACCUUGUGCGAAGGCGCUCGUGCUCUCGACCUGCGUUUCUGAGGCGACCUGUCAGCCGUGCUCCGACGCGCCCACACGCGCCUCGGGCGCGUCGUGCCUGCAGAAGACGGGCGGCCGAACGUCACCGUUGGUGAGCAGGCUCGACCUGCUGCCAGUGGCGAGGCCGGAUCUGCGAGGAGCGCCGCGGCCUCGCCGAGGAGGGGCCGGAGCGGAGCAAAAGGAGCAGUCCACAGAGCGGCUCCGCUGCGGGCGUUCGAGGAAGCACAUGCCGUCGUGACUUCUUCCGGUUGGUGGGCC